UAAUCCAUCGGAUAUCAGUUAUUCAAUGUUUUUAACAUUAAAUCAAAUCAGUGUUUACAAUAGACGUUAAUGUGAAACAUGAAAAAAAUUUAUGGAUCAAUAUCUGUAACGACAGUAAACGAAAGUCGUCCGAAAACAUCGACGUCUAAAAAUGAUGAAAAACAACAUCUUCUCGAAAACGACGGUCAAUCGGAACCGUCGUUUACCAAAACCGAUUUUUCAACUAAUUUUGAAAGUUCCGUUUUGGACCGUUGUAUCGAGAAUCCGACGUCCAAUUUUGACACAAUGAUUCAUUUAUUAAAAGCCAACAUCGGUACUGGUAUAUUAGCGAUGCCGGAUGCCUUCCGCAAUUCCGGUUGGUUAAUUGGAUUAUUCGGUACUUUGAUUAUGGGUUUCAUUUGUACACAUUGCAUGCACAUGUUGGUUAGUUGUGCGCAUGAGCUGUGUAAAAGAACGCAGAAGCAAACGAUGAGUUUCUCGGAAGUCGUAGAGAAUUCGUUCAAAACCGGUCCCGAGUGUUUACAACAAUAUUCCAAGGUCGCCAAAAGAUUAAUAAACAUAUUCCUGUGUAUAACACAACUGGGUUUUUGUUGUGUCUAUUUCGUUUUCGUCGCCGCCAAUAUUCACGACGUCGUCAAACAUUAUAUUUUCGAAAUCGACGUUCAUUGGUAUCUGCUUAUUUUGUUAUUUCCAUUGAUUCUUCUCAAUUGGGUGAAAAGCCUCAAAUAUUUAACGCCGGUUUCGUUAUUUGCUUCGCUCGUAACGUGCAGCGGCUUGGUGAUAACGUUUUUCUAUUUGCUACAAGGGGGAUUGCCGAAAAUGUCGACAGUGAAAAUUUUUUCUUCGUGGGAAAGGUUACCGCUGUAUUUUGGAACUGCCAUUUAUGCUUUCGAAGGCAUCGGUGUUGUUUUGCCAUUGGAAAACAAUAUGAAAAAUCCACUAGAUUUCAGUGGGUGGAAUGGUGUAUUGAACACUGGUAUGGUUAUAGUCACAUCUCUGUAUACUGCUGUGGGUUUUUUCGGUUAUCUGAAAUAUGGAGAAAGGGCAGUACUGGGCAGUAUCACUCUAUUGAUUCCACCCGACGAACUUUUGGCGCAAUCGGUUCGUUUGAUGAUGGCGGCGGCCAUUUUCCUUUCUUACAGUAUCCAGUUUUACGUACCAUUUAACAUAAUAUGGCCGUCGAUUCGAAAUAAUUUCGAAACGGAAAAAUCUAAAGAUUUAGCCGAAUAUAUAACGAGGGCCGUACUUGUGUUUUUUACAUUUAUAAUAGCCAUAGCUAUACCUAAUUUGGGAGCGGUGAUAUCGUUAGUAGGUGCUUUUAGUAGUUCGGCCCUGGCUCUCAUAUUUCCCCCUUUCGUGGAAAUUAUAACUUUUUGGCCGGAUUGUUUGGGACGCAACAAAUGGAUGUUAUGGAAAGAUAUAUCGAUUAUUUUGUUUGGAUUUAUUGGAUUCGUUGUAGGGUCCUAUACAAGUUUAUUAAAUAUCCUUGAAUAAAUAUCAUUUUUAUUAUUUAAAUAAACGUAUGACAAUAAAGAAAUAGUGACAUAUCCAUAAAAUAUAUAUUUAAAAAUAAAUUUAUUAUAACGAUUAAUGUACAAAAUGUGUUAUUAAAAACAUUCCAUUAAAUUAUUUUAAAAA